AUGAAGACUGCCUACACUAACGCCUAUCGAUGCCUGGCCAAGGACCUGGACGCUUACGCCAUGAAUACGGACAUGACAAUGGACGGCAUUGGCAGCCUGCAUGGCGGGGUGGCGGUGAGCUCCGUGGCCCCUGAUGUGGAGCUGAUGAGCGGCCACAGCCCCCUUCACGGCCGCGGGAGCUCUUCGGGCGCGGUGGGGGGCCACGGGGCGGCGGCGGCGGCCGCCCUCCGGAUACACCAGGACCUGGCCGCCGCUGCCGCGUCAUCUCGCUCCGCCAUGGUGUCCGGCAUGGCCAGCAUUCUGGACGGCAGCGGGGAGUACCGUCCAGAUCUGUCCCUCCCGCUGCACCACGCCAUGAGCGUGCCCUGCGACACGUCCUCUCCCGGGAUGGGGAUGAGCGGCACUUACACCACUUUAACGCCGCUGCAGCCGCUUCCCCCCAUCUCCACGGUGUCCGACAAGUUCCAUCACCACCAUCACCAUCACCAGCGGCUUUCCGGGAACGUCAGCGGGAGCUUCACUCUGAUGCGGGACGAGCGUGGGCUACCUGGCAUGAACAACCUUUACAAUCCCUACCACAAGGAUCCCAUGUCCGGGAUGGGUCAGAGUCUUUCCCCGGUGCUCGGUAACGGCUUAGGCUCCCUCCACAACACCCAGCAGGGUCUCCACAAUUACGGUACGGCGACGCACGGGGGCCACGACAAGAUGCUCAACUUCGAACCCAGCGCCUCCAUGCUCACCAGAGGGGACCACCACCAGCACCGAGGCCUCGGUGGCCCGGCAGGAGGGAUGAUGCCGCACCUGAACGGAAUGCACCAUCCGGGACAUCCCGUAUCCUCGGCGGGACACCACCCCCACCCUCACCUCCAUUCUCCAUCCCACGGGCCAGUGUUGGCUUCCACCCGGGAAAGACCGCCCUCCUCCUCGGGGACGCAGGGGGGAAACAGUUCAGGGCAGCUGGAAGAGAUCAACACAAAAGAGGUGGCGCAGAGAAUCACGGCCGAGCUGAAAAGGUACAGCAUUCCUCAAGCCAUCUUCGCCCAAAGGGUCCUGUGCCGCUCACAGGGGACCCUGUCGGACCUGCUGAGGAACCCCAAACCAUGGAGUAAACUAAAGUCGGGCCGGGAGACCUUCAGGCGGAUGUGGAAGUGGCUACAGGAGCCGGAGUUUCAGAGGAUGUCGGCUCUUAGACUGGCAGCGUGCAAAAGGAAGGAGCAGGACACAGCGAAGGAGCGGAACAACACACCAAAGAAAUCCCGAUUGGUCUUCACAGACCUGCAGCGGCGAACGCUGCUGGCCAUCUUCAAAGAAAACAAGCGGCCUUCCAAAGAAAUGCAGCUCACCAUCUCGCAGCAACUGGGCCUCGAACUUACCACCGUCAGCAACUUCUUCAUGAACGCCCGCCGCCGGAGCCUGGACAAAUGGACAGACGACGGAGCCAGUCCAGGCGCCCAAUCUUCAGCAUCCAGCACUUGUACCAAAGCGUGA